AUUCAAUAUUUAAUUCUAGGGCACCUUUAAUAUGCUUGAAUGUAAUGUAAAAUCUUCUGGGUUUUAAAUAGUAGGUUUGCCACUAGAUGGGGUACUGGGUUAAGUCUGCAGCUUUUAUGAAUACAAAAUCGAGCAAAAAAAAAAAAAAUUCUGGUCCUCUCCAAGUUAGUUUUGAGUCUGGUAAUGUUUUCUAAGUAUAAUAACCACAGUAACUGUCAAUAUCACCAUAUCUUUAUACGAAUAGUUUUGAAAAUGCUAAACUUUAUUUAUACUAAAAGGAGUUUUUUCCCCCUUGUCUCUCUCUAGUUAGAAGCCCUUAUUACAGUAUAUGAAUGCCUCAUGUGAAGAGAGCUUGGUUGCUUGGAAACUCAUGGCAACACAAUGUGUCCACUCCACACCAGCAGUUUAAGCAAAGGCUUUUUUUCAUUGCUAUGAAAGACAUUAGACACAGUGGCAGUGAAAUUUAAGAACUUGGCCAGAAGCUUUUCUUGCAAGCUUUGUGCACUUUUUCACUUAUAUACUGAAUAGGCAACACUGUUUACAAGAAGAAAAAAAAAACUGAAUUUUGUUGGAAUUGUGCUGAUUAAAUUUAUCAAUGUCAGCUUAUACUCUGUCCCCCAAACCAGGCUUUUCUGCAUUUCAGGCACGUGUGCAGCACCGUUGCUUGGAGAUGGAGCUGUGCUGACUGGUGAAGAGAUGAGAAUCCACCCACCAUCCUCCUCUCCCAUAACAUUUAUUGCCAGUGAAAGAGGCGGCUGAAGGAGGUGGCCAUCCUCUCCUCCUCCUCCUCCCCGUGUUAUUCAUCCGCACUGCUGUAAGAUGUUGAGACUCGCUCUGCUGGAUUCACACCUGACUGCAUGUCUUUGGACCUGCGAGGGGUAUUAAUUGACAGGACUCAAGAUGAGUGUGACAUGGACUUGGUCUUCUACAUUUAAUUGCCUCUGUCAAGUCCUGACAGGUGUCUGAGAAAACAGGUAGCCAGCUCUGUGCAGAUUAUGGGUACGAGCGCCAGUGCAACUUCCCAGGCUGCUCCCCUUGCACCUACACACCAGGCUGAUCACCAAGGGAACAGCAUGGCCGAGCACAGGCGCUCACUGCAGUCGGUGAACAUUCGCAACAGCAAGGCUAAGUCCAUCAUCACAAACAAGGUGGCCCCUGUUGUCAUCACAAAUAACUGCAGGGAAGAGUUUCAGAUUCAUGACAAGAUCCAAUCUUCCAACUACUCGAUGGGAAGGAUAUCUGACCUGCUGCCUGAGCACUACCUAGUGUUGGGGGAGUUUUUUAUGAUACAGGAUGUAUACAAUAGAGCUGAUGUCUUAAAUACUACAAAAAGCCAUGGGGCCCCCAACUUCCGCAAGGUCAAGGGAAACUACCCCCUUUUUGGAAUGGGCCAACCUAGCCUGAAUGGUUUCAAACAGGUCCUCCAGAGACUGCAGAUUGACAGCUGUGAGGAGGUGAUUUUCAUCUGCGUGAGGGAGGAGCCAGUGGUGUUCUUCCGCUCAGAUGGAGACUUUAUUCCGUACACUCCCAGAAGAAGAGAAAACCUCCAUGAGAACCUGCAUGACCUGGACAGAGAGCUCAGUGCAGAGCAAAUAGAGCUCUCCAUCCGAAAAGAGUUGUGUGACUUUGCUAAGCUGAGUGAAAAUAUGUUCUAUGUCUAUAAUGACAUUGAGCAUUUUAAAGAUGAACCUCAGCAGGUUCAGAUUCUGUCAGAGGAGGACAUUCAUGUCACUGAGGAGGUCUACAAAAGACCUCUCUUCACUCAACCAUUACACAGAUAUUACAGAUUACCGCUCCCUAUGGAAGGGGCACCACUGGAGGAGACAUUUGAUUCCUUUGUUAAUAUACUCAGGGAGACCCCAAACCUCUCUUUGAUGCGGGACAGCUCCAGACCUCUGCCUGCACUGCUCUUCAGCUGCCAGGUGGGGGUGGGACGCACCAAUCUUGGCUUAAUCCUGGGAGCCUUAGUCUUACAUCACCUGCAGGGGGCAUCAAAGAGCCCUAGGCAGGAAAUGCAGAAGAGUGAACACAAAUUGGAUUUCCAAGUGAUUCAGUUGCUAAUCGGUCGCCUACCUAAAGGUCAACAACUUCUUGAUGAGGUUGAUGAUGCUAUUGCUAUGUGUUCAGAGAUGCAUAACAUAAAAGAUGCCGUAUAUGAAAACAAACUAAAGCUUGAAGGCAUUGGCAAAGACUUCCAGUUUCAAGGAAGCAGCACAAAAGGCUAUUUCAAGCAAAGAACACUGCAGAGUCUUGAGCGCUAUGUGUACCUACUGGUAUUCAAUGCGUAUCUUCAUGAUCAGUAUUCACAGGCAUUUUCCCUGAGCUUCAGUCAGUGGAUGUGUAUGAAUGCUUGGAUCUACAGACUGCUGGCCAGCAUGGAUACCUCAGAACUCUCAGCACCAGCAAACCUUAUAACCAGUGGGGUUCGAGUUCUGGUGUCCAGUGAGUUUUUAACAACAGAUCUGCUCAGUACAGCUAAGGAGAUGAAAGUGGCCAAUUUCAGACGUGUUUCCAAAAUGGCUUUGUAUGGAAUGGGCCAGCCAAACUCUGAGGCUAUCACUGUUGUGAUGUCGUACCUGACAGAUCAGAGGCGAGGGCACUCCACAAUUCUCUGGCUGAAUCUGCAGGAGGAGCUUGCGCUGGAAGCAAAUGGACAAAUGUUCACCCCACGAGAGCCAGGCUGUCUGGAACAGCCUAUUCCAGUCUGUGUUCAACAUCCACAGCAGCUCCAGGAAAUGGAGCUGGCACUGAAGCAGGAUGUCCUGGGGUGUGAGAAGUGGCUGGAGGUGAUUACAGAGCAGGAUAAACAGAUGAGGAUGUUUAGGAGUUGUCACACCAUAGAGGAGCUCUUUGUCCAUCAGAAGAGCAUUCAUCCAGGACUCGGCUACCAACGGAUUCCCCUGUCUGACUGCUGCGCACCUAAAGAAGAGGUUUUUGAUCAGUUGUUGGAGGCCAUGAAGAGCAGUCUGGCUGAAGACCCUACCUGUGCUUUCAUCUUCAACUGUCAUGAUGGGAAAGACCGAACUACUGCAGCUAUGGUCAUUGCCACUCUCACCCUGUGGCACAUUAAUGGCUUUCCUGAGUGUGAAGAAGAUGAGAUUGUAAGUGUUCCAGAUGCCAAGUACACCAAAGGAGAGUUUGAGGUGGUGAUGCAGGUGGUAAGGGUGUUACCUGAUGGCCAUUGUGUGAAGAGAGAAGUGGACGCUGCUCUAGAUGUUGUUAGCGAGACAAUGACACCCAUGCAUUACCAUUUACGGGAAAUCAUCAUAUCCACUUACAGACAGAUUAAGAUGGCUAAAUCGGAGGCUGAUGCUCAGUGGUUGCGGUUAAGGAGCCUACAGUACCUGGAGCGCUACAUUUAUCUCAUCCUGUUUAACUGCUACCUCCAUCUGGAGAAGAAAGACUCCUGGAGGCGAUCCUUCAGCCAGUGGAUGUACCAGGUGGCAGCUAGAGCUGGCAUCUAUGCCAUCCUCAACCAUCUGGGCUUUUUUGAGUUUGAGAACCCUGACGACUCUCCGAUGACCAGGCUCCGUUUCCGCUGGCUCCCACACAGUAUCCAGUCUAUUCCCAUGAGAGGGGAACUUAUUUAGAAAGGCACAGCUCAUAUCACUGAUGCCUGUGUGCAGAGGAUUGUGUGCAGGAUAAAAUGAACCCUGCUUGGCUCUCAGGAACAGUGAAGACUGAAGAGCCAUGUGGUUUUGAGAAACUGUAUCUCAUACAUAUUGGAAUCUACCAUCUGCAGUGUCUUCCCAGCAUUCUCUUGUUAUUCGUAUGUCUCGUGUCAUGAUUAUAUACAACCUUGUAGCAUGCAUCAGGAGACCCGUGCUUCACUGUUGGCGACUGAAAACUUAAUUGUUGGAUUCUUUUAUUUCCUCGGGACUCGGCUUCCUUCAAUCUUCAGUUUUUUAUUUUUAGAAUUAUUUUUUGCUGAUACUCCAUCUCAGCUUAAUCAUACAUCAGCCUCAUGCAUUUUUUAUAUUUGGUUGUGAGGCAGUGACACAUGUUCCAAAUCUACACAUCACUGUUCCAAAUCUACAAGAACCUCGCCACUCAUAAGUCAUAGUACGAUUGGGAACAAACAGAUAUUUAUUGCCAGUUCUUGUCAUAAUAGUCAUCAAACUACUUAACUCUGUUGUUGUUCCAGGGCAUCACAGUUGUUUGUUUCCCCAGCGUUUCUUCACGACACAGUCUAGAGUAUAGCUGUCCAUACAUUUCAAUGAACUGUCUUGUACUUUUAGUUCACAUAUAAUUUUAGGGCACAAUAUAAUUGAGAACACUGACAGUUGAAAUGCUCAGCUCUGAAUUCAGAGGUAAUUUCAUUGCAUAGGAAAACAACUGGAGCUGAGGUUGUAUUUGGGUUUAAUAGACUGUAUAAUGAGGACAGGGCUGCCAGGAGCAUUGAACAGAAUGAUGCUGAAGGACUUUUUUUUACCACCACUGCCAUACUGGCAAGAUGAUGGAGAGGUAAUGAUUUAAUCUUAUGUAUUUUAGUAAGAAUGUUUUAAUAGAGCAUCUCAUAAAAAAAUGCUUUUCACUGAAAUGACUUAAAUACGUUUCAACUGUUAGUUGCUUUAUUUUAAUUAAAUGAAUACUGUUUCUUAAAUGUUGUCAUGUAAAAUGCAAAUAUUUCAUAGUCAAAUAUAUUUUGUAAUUUGACAUUUUAAGUAAAUCCAUUUAUGUAAUAUAAUAUUAUUAUAUAAUAUUUAAUUAAAGAAAUAAUGCACGAUCAGUUGCAGUCUGUAGAAUUCUUUAUUUUGCCUGGGAAAUGUCUGUUCCAUUUAGAUAAAAACCAAUGAGAGAGAAUUUCAUCAGAUGAAUAAUUUCAAGUGUUCACUCUUCUGUAGUCAACUAAUUAAACACCUACUUCCUUUUCUGUGGUUUGAUUGUGAGAUGCUGAUUAUACUCAGACAGUAAUGAUCCUUAUUCGUAUAAAACAAUGUGAAGCACUUUGAUCCUAAAUUUAUUCUAACCCCUUGAAGGCUCAUCAUCAUAUUAUAGCAUUAUUAAUACAAGUACAAAUGUGCUGCAACCUCUAAUUAAAUUAAUCUGGAAAAUGAAUGUAUAAACAGAACAUUGCUUUAUAUAAGAAAAGAAAGUGAUUUAAUGAUCUGCUCUUGUAGCUUACAAGACAUCCACUGAGGUUUAUCCACCUUGCAUCUGACACAGAUCUCAUGCUCCCAUGAUCCCUUUAGACUGAAGCAGGACCUGAA